GCACGUGUGUUGUGCGUGUGUGUCUGCGUGUGCGUGCAUGCGUACUGUGCGUGCCUUUGUUGUGUUUGCGUGUGGGUGUGUCCAUGUGUGUUGGGUACGUGCAUGGGUAUAUGUCGUGUUCGUGCGCGGAGGUGUGCGUAUGGGUGUGUGCACGGGUGUGUACGUGUGUGUUCUCUGCGUGUGCCAAGCUAACAGGCGUUGCUGGAGGCAGAGGCCCGCGUUGGCAGGGCUCAGGGGUGCGGGUGCGGGCCGGGGUCCCGGCUCCCCCUCAAAGUGUCUUUUGUGUCCCCGUCCCCGCAGGUGGGUCCCGCGGCAGCGAGCGGCCGGCGCCGGACACGUGAGGCGGCCGCAGUCAAUGUUAUUUGAGCGGGGCGCCCCGGCCUCGGCGAUCCCAGAGCGCGACAUGCAGAAAGCCGCCUACUACGACAACGCGGGGCUCUUCGGGGGCUACAGCUACGGCAAAGCCGACGCCUACUACCCGCCUUCGGCCUUUGCUUUGACCAGAUCAGAUCCAUUGAUUGUCGAGCCACUGGACCAGGGACUCAAUGCCAGUGCUUGCACACAGGUGUACCAGGGCUGUUGUGGGGGAGGGGGGUCCUUUCAAUCUUUGUAUCAGUGCCCUGCAGUGAAUGGGUUGCUGGGUCAGGGGUUUAGGGCUGGAGCUUUAUUUGUUUCUCUUCCUCCAGCAGGAGAGAACUGUGAAGACAAGAGCCCCCCAGGCCCCGCAUCCAAGAGGGUCCGCACGGCCUAUACCAGCGCGCAGCUGGUGGAGCUGGAGAAGGAGUUUCAUUUCAACCGGUACCUCUGCCGGCCGCGCAGGGUGGAAAUGGCCAAUCCGGAGCGGCAGAUCAAGAUCUGGUUCCAGAACAGGAGGAUGAAGUACAAAAAAGACCAGAAAGCCAAAGGGAUCAUGCACUCUCCCGUAGGACAGUCCCCUGACCGAAGUCCACCCUUAAGUGGCCCAAAUCAUGUAGGAUUCUCCAGCCAGCUUCCAAGUGUCAAUAGUCUUAGCUAUGAUGCUCCUUCACCAACCUCCUUCGCCAAAUCGCAGCAAAACAUGUAUGGCCUGGCUGCUUACACAGCGCCUCUCAGCAGCUGCUUACCCCAGCAGAAAAGAUACCCGGGAGCAGAGUACGACCAUCACACCAUGCAGAGUAACGGCGGCUUUGCCAAUCCCAAUUUGCAGGGCAGCCCCGUGUACGUCGGAGGUAACUUUGUUGAUUCCAUGCCAGCUUCUGGCCCGAUGUUCAAUAUCGGCCAUCUUUCCCAUCCUUCAUCCGCCAGCGUGGACUACAGCUGCGCUGCUCAGAUCCCAGGCAACCACCACCAUGGACCUUGUGACCCUCAUCCCACAUACACAGAUCUUACUUCUCAUCACACAUCUCAGGGAAGGAUUCAGGAAGCACCCAAACUCACACAUCUGUAGUAGACUGGGACGGAUUGAGAGCGGGAAAUGUACUCACCUUGCAAUUACCUCACUUUUCUGACGUUACGGUGUUACUUUGCUCUGAGUGCCAACAGCAUUAGUGGAUUGGUCUCCCCUAACAGCUCCACCCUUCUGUCCUUUCUUUCCUUUGUAUCAUUUUCUUUUUAUUUUCAUUUUUUUGCGACUCCAAAUAAGUCAAUGAAAAGGAUCCUUUCUUUUAUAGCUGUUUUAAGCAUGACAGUGCAAUAUACUGCAAACCAAGGGACUCAUAAUCUGGUAAUUAUGUACUUGAAGGUAAGUCUUAGAGAUCAAUUAGUAUUAGCAGCGCGUCAUGCUGAGGUGUUUUUAGACCAAUUGUGAGCGAUGGGAUCUUGCCUGCAUAUAAGCUUAUUUCAGAGAAGUUAAUUUAUUAAUUCUUCCGUAAUGUAAGGAUUGCAUUGGACUAAAUGAUAUGUAUUUAUUAUUUUAAGCGAGACAUUUUUGUAUCAUGGAUUAUUUAUCCUCGUCUUAAUGUAUUUAUGUGGAUAUUUGUAGAAUUUAUUCACCAAUACUUCGGGAGAUUGAUUCAGGUCCAUGGUGAUUUACAUUUCACCUAUUUAGUAUAUUUGGUCUGAACUAGUUGAGAGAGUAGUUUUGAACAGUUGUAACAGUGGCUGGUGUCUGUAGUUUAUGUAAGGAUUAAUUAAGACAGCAAAUUGUAAGUCAUUAAUAGAGUAAAACAAACUGUGGCAUUACACAAAAGGCCGUUACACAUUUUGCUUUAAAGCGUAUUUAUUUCAAAUUGUCUGGUACCAUUUGAAGACCUAUUUAGAUUUUCUUUAGAACCCGCUUUUUGUUUAGUUAGAAGUGCGUCCGCUGGAACAAUGCAAGCUGCGAAGCGGAGCACUUGGUCGUGUUGUUUCUGAAAAUUUUCUACCUACCAAAGCCUCAGAGAGGUUGGCAUUUAUUUAUUGACUAAAUAUCUCUUGCACACAUUAUUUCGGUGGGCUAUUUUAUUUUUAUUACAUUCUAGCUAUCUGAAAUAGAGUAAGCUUAGAAUGCAAAAAAUUAGAAACCCUCUAAUAGUGCUAAUAUGAUUAGGGUUUCCAUAGCAAUCCAUGCUGCAGCUGCCCAUCUCCUUUGUUAUUUAUACUGUUGUUUUUUAUACCGACCAUAAAUCAAUUUUUUAGACAGCAUUGGAAGCCCGAGAUUAAUUUUUUGCAUAAAAAAACACUUUGUAAGAAAAUUGACAAUCAAAGAUAUACAAAUAAAAGGAAGCCGCUAAGUAUAAUAACUGAGAUACAAGGAAGGUAAACAAACUCUUCUGAGAUGCUCACUAUAGCUUUCAGCUAGGAAAUCAUCUCCGUGUGCUCCUCUGUAGCAGAGAUUGGUACAUUCCUUGUGACAACUAUUCCUACUGCCGUGACCACAAUAUUUCAUAAAAGGAACAAAGACUUACAACCAUCUCAUUUUCUCCUUUUUUAUUUACACCUUUGUGUUUAAUCUCUCAGUGGAGCUACGAAGGUUUUUGGAGGCGCAGAAGUGGCGUUAGGUCUGUUAGGAAGGAGACAUGCCCCUCCAAGAAAGCUUUUUCUUAUCGCUUUUAAAAGCCUUCAGUUAAGAUUCAGAUCUUCAGUGUUCCCAGCAAAGUCGUCGCGACGAGUCACUUUUUAGUUUGAAAAAUACUCCAACUCCUACUCCUUCCCUUGAUGCUCAGACCUGUUCCUAUUGUGAGAAAUGCUUCACUCCUACAUUUCUGUCAACACAGGAAAAUCUUUCUUUUCUGGUGUUUCGUGGGUCACUAAAGACUCAGAAUAUUAUUAGUUACUUUUUUUCUCUGUGCUAUUUUUAAACGUCAUGUUACGUUGAGAAAAGAAGUGUAUCCUUUUGUUAAAUUUCACUUUGACCCGAGCAGAUUUGAAUAUACGUGUUGUAGAUCUCUAAACAAAACCAGAAUAAACUGCUUCGAUCGAAGAAAUAUUUUAACCAUUUCGUGACCUCCACGUGUUUUCUAUAACAAUGUUCACACCGGCGGCUUCUUCGGAGAUAAGCUAUGAAUAUGUAAAAUAAAUAAUCAUUCAGAUAAGUAGUAAUAGUGAACACUGUAGCGGCGUGUUGAAUCUAACAGGACACACACACACACACA